AUGGACCCAAAUCCGCGGGCAGCCUUGGAGCGCCAGCAGCUCCGGCUUCGGGAGCGGCAGAAAUUCUUUGAGGACAUUUUACAGCCUGAGACGGAGUUUGUCUUCCCCCUGUCCCACCUGCAUCUUGAGUCGCACAGACCCCCCAUAGGUAGUAUCUCAUCCAUGGAGGUGAAUGUGGACACACUUGAGCAAGUGGAGCUUAUCGACCUGGGGGAUCAAGAUGGAGCAGACGUGUUCUUGCCUUGCGAAGACCCUCCACCAACCCCCCAGACGUCUGGGGCGGACGACUGUCCUGAGGAGCCGAGCCUACCAGUGCCCACGCCAGACAGGACGAUGUCUCGUACUUCCUCCUCGUCCUCUGACUCCUCCACCAACCCGCACAGCCCCGAUGCCAGUGACGGUGGAGCAGACACGCCCCUGGCACAGUCUGACGAGGAGGAGGAUGGAGGCCGUGACGGCGGGGCAGAGCCCAGAGCCUGCAGCUAGCAGUGGGCCCCCACCUACAGACUGUGUGAGCUGCCUCGUCUCCACUGGAGACCCCAGGCCCGGCCAGAGCCCUUUGGAGAAGACCAGACUCUUUACUGCAGUAGGCACCAGGGGGAGGAAAGGAGGGUGGGAUGGUGUGCCUUCCUGGGAAUUAACCCACUCCUGCUUUACUGCUAACCUUCCCUUGCUGCAUCCUUCCGCUAUUCGUUAGAAUAUUUGGAAUUAGCUGGGCAUUUGGAAUAUAGUUUUGAACAAGACAGGCGCCCUGCCUUCAUGGAGGAGAAAAAAAAAUCAAGAAAAUACCAUGGUUUUGGCUUACUCCUGAAGUAGGGCCCACGAGUGAGGAGAUGGAAGAUGAGAUAGGUUGAGAUGCCACUGCUUUUCUUAGCACUCUUCCCUCCUCCAGACUGUCCUAAGUCUCCUAAACCAGUGUCUCUAAGCGGACGUGAACUCCUUAACACUCCCAGGGAGAUGGUCCUGCAGCCAUCCUGCUUCCUUCCAUCCUUUUUGGAACAGGGCAUGGUGUGAAUAAUAAAUAGAUAACAAUA